ACCACAGGGCUCACCCAAGGUUGCCCCACUCCUGGGCCAUCCCAGGCCCAGGUUUGUUGUAGUCGGGAGAGAGCGUGGGCCUUGCUGGCCUCGCCGCCUCCAACAGGCACCAUUUCUCGUUCCAGGCCAUAUUCGCCGCAGCCGUCUUUCCCGCCGCUGCCCAAAGCCUCACCAACCGGCGUAGCUAGCCCGCUUCGAGAUGCACUGCGCAACAUAGCAGCAGAUGGAGUUCGGCCCGACAGCCCUCUCUCCGAGCGACGCGCUGCUCUCCGAAACCGGAAGCUCGAGGCGCAGCUCGAGGCACAGGGCGAAGUCCUGGAAGAGCCGGAGAGCCCCAAAUGUAGAAAAUGUGACGAGCUGGAGGCCAAGCAUGCCGAGGAGUCGAGCAAGUUCUUCAAAGAGAUCGAGCAUCUCAGAAGAGCACUGACCAAGAUGCUAGAUGCAGCGGCCAUGCACAUGCCAGCGGUGUUCCUCCGCUCACUGAAGGAGCAGCUCCAGCUGGACGUGCGGUAUCUGACGAAGCCGGAGAAAGGUGAGGGAGGGCCUUUGCCUCCAGUGCCGGUGACUGACAUUGUCGACCAGACGGAGUUGAUUGAGUCGCUGCGACGACGCAUUGCCGAGCUGGAAAAAGAGAAUGGCAUUCAAAAGCGGACCAUUCGCGACCUUGAGGAGGAACUCAGGAAGGCCCAGGAAGCCCUGCGAGCUGCAGGAGCACCUGUCAGCAGCCCGCUUCGCAAGCGCCAGCUUCCAGCUUCAAAGGAGUGCCAGACAGAUCCGUGGGCACCAUUUCCUCAAAAAGGGCCAGAGGUGGUUCAGCCAGGUGAAGCUCGCGUGCAGCAGGUGCAGCAAGUUGAGCCAGUACACAAGCCCAAAAAGAAGAAAGGCCCAGCGGUUGAAGCAGAGUCUAGCAGCAGCGAGGAAGAGGUGGAUCCAGUCAGCACCAAGCCAGUCAAACGAAAGGUCAAGAAGGAAGAAGGAGAGGUAAUUCGGGUGGUGGACAACGAUGCCAUCAAGAGGCUUCAAGCGGAGCUGGAGCUCCUUAAGAUGAAGUUGGCUGCAGCUGAACGCGAGCUGGCCAAAAUGGAGGGUCUUAAGGAGGAGAUCGAGCGCCUCAAAAAGCUCCUGGCUGAGCGCGAUGCGCGUAUCGCGGAGUUGGAGGAAGAGCUCAGAAAGCUGAAGGAGAAGCCAAAGCCAACAAAGUCUGAAGGCAAGAAGGAGGCGAAGAAACCAACGCAAGUUGUGAAAGAGGAACCGGAAAAGAAGAAAGAAAAGAAGUACAAACAAGAUCCCGGUCCCACCCAGCGAGGCCCAACAGUCACAGCAAGCCAAGAAGUCCCAAAGGAGGAGGACGCCCCGCCUCCAGUGGAGGUCCACGAGGAGCCCGCCGAGGUUUCGUCAGAGUCGGAGGAGGAGAGUGUGGAAGAGCCACCGCCUCCAAAGGAGUUCGAGGACAAGUGCGUGGGAAAUGGCCCGGGAAGGGGCUUGCAAGACGAGCCAAUUGUCUGCAAGGGCCGCGGUCUCAUGAAGCAGGAUGAGGAGCUCAACAAGACAGGGCGCUGCUAUGAGCUCAACCUGGUAGAGCAACCAAAGCUGGGUCUCAGCAACUCUGCGAGUCUGGCCACACUUGACUUGGACGGGAGCGCGGUCCGCACAGCUGGCAAGGGUGCACGUGGAGUUGGCGUGUAUUCCGGAGGCAGCACGCUCCUGGGAGGUGUCCAGUUUGCGAGCUCCUGGGGCUCCAAAUCUGGCCGCGUCCUGGCGAACACCUGGGAUGCCGAGCCCUACCUUGCACAGGUGUGGGAGCAGCACCCAAAGGGCCAUAAAACGCCGGUGAAGCGUGAGCUCAUCAAGCUUGGCGCCAUCUCACCUCAGAAAGCGUGGGUAGGUGCAGGUGGGUAUCCCUGGGAUGAGGCUGAGCGGCAUCCACAGAGGCCUGGAAUGCUUAUUUGCCGCUACGAACCUGCCAUUGGCUUGUUGAGAUUUGACGUGUGGCUUCUGGUCAGGGCGAUGGUGCAGAUACGGCCUGGCUCGGGAAGACAGACACCAGAAGAGCUUUUGCGAGCCCUUACUGGCAAGGAAGGUGGCCCAAGCAACCAACGUCGUGGCCUGAGAGAAGCUGUUGCCACGCUGUGCCCAGAGCCACUGCUUCCUCCACUGUGUAGGAGGCAGACUCAGAUCUUCACGGAGGAGCUCUCCAAUCAUGAAGCUCGCCUGGGCCGCGUAGGUUGGGCCUGCGCACAUUCUCCAACGCUGCGGAAGCUGUCGCCUUCCAAUCCAGGGCACGAGCUGAACAGCAUCCUCGCUAAGCUGCGAUCCACAGGGAAAGAGCAACCCUCUGUCGCGGCUGUUUUGGGUGAACUUGCCAGUAGGUACAGCUGGUACCAGGGCAAGUCACAGCAAGAUGCACAUGAGCUGCUCCGGACACUCUUGGGAGCACUGACAGAUGAGCUACCAGCGCCGGAGGACCAGGAAAGCCUGCAGCAGGUGGUGCAGAGGAGCUUUAAAGGACAGAUCUGUGAAGCCAUCCUCUGCUGGUCCUGCCGGCGGAUCUCCCUAAGGCACGAAGAGUUCCUGGACUUAUCCCUGGACAUUCCUCCUGGCGAUGACGAUCCUGGCCCUCUCGGCCUUCAUGGCUGGGUGAUGACACAUGCCUUUUUGAUUUCAGAGAAUUCUGACGUUGCCCUAUCACAAGCUGGACUGCGGCAUCAGCUAAGGCCGAAGCCUGCAGAGGAUGAGUUCGAAAACGCUGUCAUUGAAGUGCAGCUGGAGCGCGUGCCCGGGCGCAGGAUAGCCUUGGGUUUGGAUUGGGCAGAAAAAGAAGAACAUGGGCGCAAGGUUUUGCGUCGAAUCAUGCAGGGAUCUAUGGUGGAUACCUGGAACAAGCGGCAGGGCCCAGAACGGCGCUUAAGCGCAGGGCUUCUCCUCCUUUCAGUAAAUGGCAAGGAAGACCAGGACGACAUUAUGCAGGCUCUGAAGGAUGACCAGCGUUUGCUGCUCCGUUUUGCACCUCCAGACGCAGUUGCAGCUCGCGGAACUGCUGAUGACACAAACGGCUUCCGCGUGGAUCUCGCAAGAGACUCCAAAGCAUCCUGGGGGCUACAACUUGAUCGCAAUGCUUUGGAAGAUGGCCUCCUCAUCGUGGCCCAAGUCACUCCAGAUUCUAUACUGGAUGCUUGGAACUUGCGAUGCCAAUCUACUGGCAGACGUGCAGUCAUACGAGCUGGCGACCGGAUACUGGAGGUGAAUGGGAGCGAAGAUGCAGAAGAGAUGUCAAAAAGCUUGACGGAUUCUGUGAAGCGCAAGAUCAGCCUGCGGUUAGAACGUGGUGAGGCAAAGAAGGCCAGCCACGCCCAAGCCGAAAGUUCAUCCGAACAAACCCAAGAUCCUGAUUCCAUCUUCGACAUAGAGCUACAAGCAAUGGCGCCAACGGCUAGUGGUUGGGGGUUCCAGCUGGAGCUAGGGCAAGGAGAUGUGGAGGUCAAGAGCGUGCUGGAUGGCUCCCCCUUGUCGAUGUGGAACAUUGCAUGUCGGUCACGAGGUAACGAGCAGCUGUGUGUGGAAGCUGGUGAUACCCUGCUCAAUGCAGCAUCAGCGCAGACCGUGGCGACUGGCACUCAAGCCUUUAAGCUUCGGCGAUCGAGAGAGAGACAGGCUUCGGUCCGCGCCAUGGGCGCCUCUGCUAUGGUUGCUGCGCAGCCGAAGCCGUCACCACAGCUGGAAAGCAAGAGACAGAGCAUGCUUCAGGCUGCUGAAGCCUGCAAAGCCGCGCUUCCCUCGGCUCUGGCCCAGGUCUUUGCUGCCGCGCCGCAGCCGCCCGCCGCAGACCUUGCGGACUGCUUGAGGAACCUGGGCUCCAUCGAGGCCUUGGAAGAAGAUUUUGCCCCGAUCUACAAUUGUGUCCACUGCACUGAGACGCCCCGACAGUUUGCUUGCAAGCGAGCCUGGCUGAAGCCGCCACUGCCUCCAGUUGUCCCUGUCCAGCUCAAGCGAUUCCACGGCCAGCAGGGCUCCUACCAGAAGUCCAGGACCCGGAUCAAGACGAGCAGCACUCUGGACCUGAGCAGUCUGAUUCUCACAGAUGCUGACCAGCGCGAGCUGCAGCCCUUUAUGGCAUCGGGGUCCACCUUGCCAGUCUCCACUCAGCCUGGAUCAACAGUUUACGAGUUGUAUGCUGUUUGUGCCCAUUUGGGUGGCAGUAUGGAGCGUGGGCACUACGUCGCUUUUGUCAACCUUGGACCAACCCUGGAUGAGGAGGCGUGGUUCCUGCUUGAUGAUGCCCGAGCAACGGCUUGUCAGCGAGAAGACGUCCUUCUCGUGGAAGC